AUGAAAGACAAAACCCCUUCAACGGAUACACAAAUAAGUCAAGCAAAGAGAGUUCCGAAAGAGAAAAUCGGCAAUCCGACUACGCGGAACCAGGCAGGGGUGAGCCUGCGUACCGAAGCCGGCUCAACGGCACGGGAGCAACAACAACCAGAAGCUUCAACCAGCUAUCUGGCUCCGCAAGGAGGAUAUGCAACGUAUUCCAAACCAGACCAAAUCAGAAAUGCAAUAUAUAUGAAGGAAAUAAAAACAGCGUACCGAAUUGUUAAAUCGGCCCCUCAUCUUAUCUUUGAAGCGGUUGAAGCCGCCCUCGCCCAUUUUCAGUGCCAUAUCGCCGCAUCAUGUCGAGGAGAGGGGGAAGCCGGGAAGCCGGGUGUUUGUUAUGUGUAUUCCGUACCGCGCACGAGAUGGAGUCGAGCUAUGGCAUUGAAACAGCUUCGCUUCCGCUCUAAGUUGCACGACGCUAAGGCAAGACUCCUACACGAUAUGACAGCGCCAAGGGAAAUCCUGCAUUGA